GAUCGCCACUGUCGCCGCCACAGUCGAGCAGCAGCCAGCCACGAUGGGGGACAACAACGGUCUCUACAAAAACAUUGCGGAUCGCGAUAACAGUUUUAAGAAGUUCUUAUGGAAUUCCGAUACCAAACAAUUCCUGGGCCGUACCGGAGCAUCAUGGUUUAAGAUUGGAGUGUUCUACAUUAUCUUCUAUGCAUGCCUGGCUGGCUUCUUUGCCAUCAUGAUGGCUGUCUUCUACCAAACACUAGACACCAACCAUCUCCCCAAGUACACCCCUGGUGAUGGUGGAUCCCUCCUUCGGAACCCAGCCAUGGGUUUCAGACCUCUGCCACGGCAAAAGAAUGUAGAAUCGACAUUAAUUUGGUACAAAAAUGGUGACAAUGAUGACAUCAAGCAUUGGGUUGAAUCCCUUAAUGAUUUCAUCAAACCUUACGAGGGCAACAGUGACCAGAUCUCAGGCCAGCAUGUGACAGACUGCACCAGUGGUAAAGUGCCAGAAGAAGGAACUGUGUGCCCCUUCCAGGAUAAAUGGCUGACUGACAAGUGCAAGAAGUCUGAGAGUUGGGGCUACAAUCGCGAGUCUCCUUGCAUCCUCCUCAAGCUUAAUAAGAUGAUUAAGUGGGUGCCAGAUGUGUACGAGACCAUGGAGGAACUGCCAGAGGGGAUGCCCAAGUCACUGAAGGAUCACAUUCGAGAGAAAAUGGAUAGUAACCAGGGUAAAAUCCCAAAGAUGAUCUGGGUGUCAUGUCAGGGAGAGAACCCAGCUGACCAGGAAUACAUUGGCCCCAUCCGCUACUCCCCAUGGCAAGGGUUCCCAGCAUACUUUUUCCCAUACUUGCACACUCCUGGUUAUCUUCCUCCUAUUGUAGCAGUUCAGUUUGACCAGCCUAUGUCUAAUGUUCUCAUUAACAUUGAAUGCCGUGCUUGGGCCAAGAACAUCAAGCAUGAUCGCCAGAAUCGUCUUGGUCUAGUGCACUUCGAGCUGCUGAAGGACUAGUAGAACCUCACCUCACACCACACCUGGGUGGGCUGGACAUCAAAUACCCAUUCAAGGAAUAUUGAGGUUUUUUCUUAACACCUUUCAUAUGUAUUAUUUAAAUUAUUAUGUAUGUGUUGUCAGGAAAGUUGUUGUAACUGUAAAAUUUGAUUGUUGUAAAUUAUCUGAAAUUAUUGUAAAAUGGUCGAGACUGUCGUUGAGCCUACACUUGGUAACGAGGUAAAUGAUACAGGUGUUGUAUUAUAAUUUCCUUAUCUUGUGGUUAUACAACAAAGAACAUCUAUUUUAAGGAAUUGUUGAUGGUUAUUAUUGUGUAAAUGUGAUUAAUCCUGCGGAAUGUUGCAGUGCAUAGCAGACAUAACUAGUAGUCCUGUUGCAGUUCCUUUGUUUAGAUUUAAUGUAAAUAGUCUUAUAUGCAGAAGAUAUAGUUAUAUUUCGUGCAAUCGACUCUACCAACACCUGCUACCCAACGUGAUAGAUAGUGAUGCUAGUGUGUUUUAUUAUAUAUAUAUAUAUAUAUAUAUAUAUAUAUAUAUAUAUAUAUAUAUAUAUAUAUAUAUAUAUAUAUAUAUAUAUAUAUAUAUAUAUAUAUAUAUAUAUAUAUGCAAAUUGCAAUUUCCAGCUUGCCCUGUUAUUGGUUGUGGCUAUGUAAUAGAUAACCCCAGAUGCCCAAGUGAGAAUAAGAUGAUCAUGCUUGUGUUGUGUGACAGUUAUUUUAACUUGAUUUUUAAUUUCCAAUGAAAGUGUAAGUCCCAGCUCUGAAUGAAUGUAUGUUGUAUAAAUUACCCAUGUUUAACCAAAUUCACAUAAAAAUUUUUGCCCAAACGCCCAAGUUUCAACGCGUGGCAGCUCUGACUUAUCAGUGUUGGGUGGCAGGCUAACCUUCUUAAUAUAAAUUGGGUCCAUCUUGGUAAAUGGUGGAUAUUCCACAAUUGUUCUGUUGUUGAGCAAUAAAGAUCGUAACAUCUCCAA